CACGUCACUUCCGCUUCGCGAAGAGCGAGCGAGAGGGCGGCCCGCAAACUUACUUUCGUCUCGGUGAAGCGAGGAAGAGCAAAAAGCUGGGAAAAAAAUAUAUACUGUGCAAAAAAGCCUCUUGAAUACCGAGUCUCUGUGGAUUUUACACGUUGUUGCUGUUUUUAGAGAGAGAGAGAAAAGGGCGGCGAAAUGGCUGAAAUGUUCAGCUGGGGACAGCCCACUGUGCCGCAAGGCACACCAUACAUCGAGAUCAUCGAGCAGCCCAAGGCAAGAGGGAUGCGCUUUCGUUACAAAUGCGAGGGGAGAUCGGCCGGCAGCAUUCCCGGAGAAAAGAGCAACGAUUCCACCAAAACACACCCAGCCAUCAAGGUGCAUAACUACAGCGGUCCAAUCAGAGUGAGGAUCUCCUUGGUCACCAAGAACCAGCCGUACAAGCCCCACCCACACGAGCUUGUGGGAAAAGACUGCAAGCACGGCUACUACGAAGCCGACCUGCCCGAGAGGCGGAUUCACAGUUUCCAGAAUCUCGGUAUUCAGUGUGUGAAGAAAAAGGAUGUACCCGAAGCCAUUUCCUGUCGCCUACAAACACAGAACAACCCCUUUAACAUUCCCGAAGCCAAAGUGUGGGAGGAAGAGUAUGACCUGAACGCCGUCCGCCUCUGUUUCCAAGCAACCAUCACCCUGGCAACCGGCGAGCUGUAUCCUCUGACGCCUGUCGUCUCUCAACCCAUCUACGACAACAGAGCUCCGAACACAGCCGAGCUAAAGAUCUGUCGCGUGAACAGGAACUCCGGCAGCUGCCGGGGCGGAGACGAAAUCUUCCUACUGUGUGACAAAGUCCAAAAAGAGGACAUCGAGGUGCGCUUCUUCCGAGACUCGUGGGAAAGUAAAGGCUCCUUCUCUCAGGCCGACGUCCACAGGCAGGUCGCCAUCGUGUUCCGCACACCGCCCUACUGCGACACGAACCUGACCGAGCCCGUGAGGGUGAAGAUGCAGCUCCGCCGGCCAUCAGACCGCGAGGUCAGCGAGCCCAUGGACUUCCAGUACCUUCCCUCAGACACAGAUGAGUACAGACUGGCGGAGAAGAGAAAGCGGACAGAGGGAAUGCUCCAAAACCUUAAACUGGGCAGCAUCGUGUCAGAUACCAUCCCUCCGAGGCCUUUCACUACUGCCAGAAGAACACUUACAGCCGCAAAGCCCUCGGCCGCUGCCAGCGCUCCACCAGUGGUGAAUCCUGUGCAAUGCCAUGUUGGGAAGCCUCCGUCUUUGUUCAACACUCCUCCUCCAGGGCAUCUGUUCACCCAGACCAAAACCGAGCCGACGCCCUCCAACAACGGAGACGGAUGGAAGUUUUUCAGCAACGUCACCGUGCAGCCUUCUUCUGCUCCCGAUCCAUCUAUCGCUCAAGACUUCCGCACCGUCAAUCUCUCCGACCUGCAUGACUUCUCCUAUCCCAAUUUCCCUUCCUCCGCUCCGGAUCAAUCCGACACGAGCAGGAGAGGGGACGGAACCGGGGCUAACGGGGCCGGGACUACGGCGGCCCAAGAGGUCCAAAACACGUUCUCGUCUUUCGAGAACGAGAUUCUGGAUUUCCCGAGCUUUUCCGAAGCGCAGACGUCAGACGUGGAUAAUAUAAACAACGACGAGUUUCAGGCGCUGUUUAACCAAAGCGGACUUCCUGGAGAGGGCCCUUCCACUGCUUCUGUAUGUCACGCCAACGCGGUGGGAAACACGGCCAUCGACAGCGCAUCGGGUUCCAACGGUGCGGAGCAGGCGGCGAGAAACGGAACCUGGAUGAAUUUCCCACCGAGCAUCAUCAACUUUUUGCAGAACGAGCAGAUGCCGGAUUCCGGGAUGCCUCCCGCACCCGUUCAGCACAUCCUUGACGAGACGGACAUGCUGAACUCCCUGGACGAAGAUCGGCUCAUGUCCAUCCUUAACAACGGCAACCAAGUCAGCUUCCUGUCCGGGCAUCCCACUUAGAUAUCUCACACAGUUAGAUUUGCACGAUAUCGAGACUGGAAGGGCAAGCAAGAAAGGGACAGAGGACAAAACCGAGGCCAGAUUUUCCCCAGUGCCGAACUAAGGCCUGAGGAUCCUCAACAUAUGCAAAUUCAUUAUCUAAUAUCUGUUUCUUAUUUCUUCUUCCAAUCAAGACAGUUAUUCACAAAUACCUAACAGCAUUUUAUUUCAUUUACCUCGCCGUACUUCCUGUUCCACGUUCAUUGAUGCCAAGCUCUCUGAUCGAUGCCUAGCUCCGGUUUCGUAAAGAGCUCAGAGAGAGAGUUCCAGAAAGAGAGAGAGCGUUCAGAAUUGGCCACACCCACUCGGUGCACCUUUGUUUUUAAAAUUCGGACAUGGAACGAUUUCCCCCUUAAAUCAGACCUGCUCUUCAAAACAGACCUUGGUUUACUAUUAAAGGUCCACUAAGUUCAAGUAUUUCACUUACAUGCUAUGAACUAUCGAGUAAAAGGUCACAUGGAAAUUUUGACGCCAUCAUGACGGACAAUAAUCCCCGAAAUGGCUCUGACGUUACUUAUUUUAUGUACAUUAUGCAAAAGCGGCGUGGCUGAUCGUGUGAUUAGUCAGUAAGAGGCAUAAAUAUGGUGAAUGUUUAUCAUGUGGCUGGGAUUUUUGGGGUCCGGUUCUCAUUUUAAUGCACAGUUCAGAUUUUGUUCGCCUGCUUAGUUUGUAAAUCUAUAUAUUUGUUUUUAGUAUUGUUAACUUUUUUUAAAAAACAGUUGGUUAUGAUGAUGGCAUCUGGUGACUUUUAUAAAAUAUCGCCAUAUUUAUAACAUAGAAAAUCUCAGCAGUACAAAUGAUGGCGAUUAUAAUGCUUCUACAGCACGAGUCAAAUUUAUUGGCACCCCCCCAGGCUUCCUUCCUUCCUUCCUAGUCAUCACACGUGAAACCGGUUCAUACGAACGAUCCCGAGUCGUGGUCCGAAAGCCGCGUUUACUCUGCGCCCGCCUGCAUUUAGGCUCAUUAGAUCGAACCGUGGACAUGGAGUCACGUUACUCUUUGGUAUUUUAUUUUCUUAGACACUAAUCCUGUUAAAGUCACGGUUUAAUACAGAAGCAGGCAAGCCCUGUGUCCAAAAACAUUUGAUCAUAACAAAAAAUCAUUUUAUUCAUUAUGUAAAUCAGAUGUUAGAGAGAUAAAUGUUUAUGUAAAUUAAAGACAUAUAUAUACUUUCAAGAUGGCCAGACGGUCAUUUGGCAUGAGUAUUAGUUUAUAAUGUUAAAUAAAUAUAAAAUAAAUAAAAUGUAUAUAAAAUAAAUAUUUUUGUUUUGAUCACAAGAAAUCUUUUCAUAAUAAAUAGAGAUAUAAUAAUAUUGCACAAUUUUUAAGUUAUCACGUCACUGAAAAAAUAAUUUUUUUGUCGUUUUUGUCUGGCAUUUUUUUGGCGAAAUUUCACACAUUCUCGAUUCACAGGGUUUUCCCGCGAUCCUGCUUUUACAUAGGGACGAAAUCAGCACCCCCUACGUAACUUGGAGACGUUAAAGGAAGUCCUAAGCAGAUUCAUCCCAUCGCAUGAGAUUAAGUAACAGAGUAGGUAAGGUGUUACGAUACAAGUCUAGGCUGGGUGCCAGUACUUUUGGCCAAAACAGUAAAAGUGCACAGUGGAAUGCGGGUAAAGAAGGUGCGGACAUGGUGGAUAAGAUGGAGCGAUAUAGGAAAAGUAUUUCACGGUAUGUAUCACAGAUCGGGCUGGGUGCAAAAGUUUUGGCACCCCCGUAAUUAAACGGCACGGUGGUGUGAUGAAGCAGCGUGAUCAGUAAACCACCCUGAAGAUGUUUAUAUGUUUAUGUAAUUGUGCACAGAUUAAUUUGAGAAGAAAUUACAGCCAGAGAACCAAUCAGCAUCAUAUUUCCUACAUUUAUCACAGUGCAGUGUAACAUAAAGCAAUAGCAUACAGGAUAAACUUUCUGCUUUUUCAGAACGAAGGUUUUGUACAUAGACACGGAGUCCCCUAACAUCCAGUAUGUAAGUAAAAACGCAAAGGCAUCAGAGUUUCUGGCAAUGAAUCUUCGCUAUAAAUCUCAUUACAACACUUUUCUACCAUCGAAUGAUUUCUUUGUUGUGUUGUUCUCCAGAUGAUGAGAACGUGAAGGGGUUGUUUUCAUUCAGACUCUCUUUGUUUUAUCACUCAUAUAACUCUGAUAAGGUUUUUUUGCUUUUAUACACACCAACUGAUCUGUAGUCAAGAUAUAACGUGGAAAAAGAAAAAGAAAAAAAAAGUUUGUAGAUUUGAUAUUCUUAUCUUGAUCAUACAGAAAUAAAUAUAUUUCCAUUAAAUGUA